AUAUCAUAUACCUGUUAUACAUGCUCCAGAAACAUGGGCCACCGUGGUUGAAGUAGUAAUCAAUUAAUCAAUGUAAGCGAGAAACCGCGGUUGGUUGUUGUGGUGAAUGGUGUUUAUUCAAACAAGAACUAAGCACGAACAAGACAAAACGAAUUCGGUUGUCAUGUCUGAUCCUAGAUUAAAACAGAUAAGAAUCAAAACAGGUGUGGUGAAAAGAUUAGCAAAAGAAAAAGUAAUGUAUGAAAAAGAAGCUUUGAAAGAGAAAGAAAAGUUAGAAAAAAUGCAAGCUUCUGGAGAAGAUAGUUAUUUAAUAAGAAAACAGGAAGAAGUGAUGAAGGAAUCUCGGAUGAUGAUUCCAGAUACUAUAAAACGUUAUCAAGUUGCUUAUCAAGAACUACAAGAAAUGUUGGAAAAUGAUGUAGAGCUAUCUGAGGAGGAAGUAUAUCAAGCUGCUGCAGAAGUUUUAAAAGAGUCAUCAAAUAUCGUAGCAGCAACAUCGUAAAUCAUGUGCCUUAUACUUAUGUGAUUUUGCUUUCAGAAGCAGAAUGUAUAUAAUUUACUUAUGUAAUUCCUUACAUGUUGUGUUAUUGUAAAAAUUAAAUUCCUUAAUUUUUUUGGACAUAUUUGUUACUUUUUUGUUAAAUAUUACAUUAUGAAUUAUAAAUUUCUUUUUGCUUUAGUAUGUUUGUUAUGGGCUUUUUAUUGUAUAUUAACAAUAUUUUCUUAUAAAUUUGUUGUAUUAAGUUCAGGAAUUUUGAUUAUUUUUUUCAACUGAUAUAGUUUUAUCCUAUUUAAUAUUUUUUAAUUAUCUGUUUAUUUCGUUUAUAAGUAUUAACAGUAUGAAAUGAACCUUUAGUUGUUCAAUUUUGAUCCUAAAAUUUAGUACAGGAUAUGAUACAGUUACUUCCUUUAAGCAACAAAUUUGCUUCUCUUGAACUUUUCUGAUGAAAAACGACUUUGCAUUGAAAUUUUUGUAAAAAUUUGCAUAUCUAGAUCGCCAGCUAAAAGGCUAAAUGAAAUAAAGCAUAUUUCUUCUUUGA